AACCACGCCCCCAGAGGCACGCGCACAAGCGCAGGCUCAGACACACCACCUCCUCCAUCACUGGCAAACGCACAUACACACAGAAGCAUCGCGGGGUGAAGCGCACAACAUGUGAAAUGGGCAUGAAGGACAGGUGUCGGGCUCCGGCAGGCGCACAGCAGGUGCAGCGGGGCUAACGCCGUACCCACACGGAGAGCAAGGCUGCCGCUUCGCCAUGUCCACCGCAUGCCAUGUACUCACUGGCGAGACGGCUGUGUUGAUCUUGAAUCACACUGAAUGGAGAUCAUUGAAGUUUCUUUAAGAUGACUCGGACACAUCCCCCUGAUAUACUGGCAUCAACUCUGUAUCAGGACAUAAAUCUAAAUCCCAUCACUGACCCCUCCAUUUCUCUACACUCCAACCAGCAAUGUGACUUGAAAAUGAUUGAUAAAUCAGAAAUCAUCAACAAAAGACACUGCCGUAGUUUUGACUUCAUUGAGUCACUGGAUGACCCACAGACCCUCUCUUCCUCGAUGGAGUAUCCUUACAAAAGGCCCGAGCAUCAGACAUUAAAUAAAGAUCUUGCAUGGAAUGGAUUGGAUCAACCGGGACAUCUUCGCUUUUCAUCUCCAGAUCUGUUUAACACAAGGCAGUUUCAGCAGCACAGCACCCAAGACAAAACCAGCAAUCUUACGUGGUCAGAUUCAAAAAAGAGAUCCAGGUCUAAAAGCGCUCCCAGGAUUAAGGCUACUCUCACUCCUGUACCCAUUUCAGUGUCUCCCCCAGGGACCAGGAAGGGGAGGGAUGCACCUCAGGCUACAUCAGAUACCUUGAGGACUUCUGAAACAGUGCGAGAUUCCUACUCAUCAAACAGGCCUUUUUUGAAUGAGGUGCAUCCUAUCAAACUGCAGCCUCAUGCCCCCCUCUAUGUAUCAGACUGUUUUGAGGAGGACAAGUCAGAUAAACCUGCUGUAACCCCUCAUGUUAGGUGCCGUGUGGACAUCAAGCCAGAUGCUGCUGUACUGCAGCACACAUCAAGGCAGGUUCCCAGUGUGCGUCCUGACCACCUUUGGCAGAGAUACUCUCAGGCCAGUAGCAGCAGAGGUUUGUAUGUGCCUCGACAGAUGGUCUCCUCACCAACGCCCACUCCAAGUGAGUGCUAUAGUGGAGAUUUUAGACAGGGGUACCACUACACUACCAGUAUGUCUCCUAUCUCUUACCAGCAUCUAGACAUGCACAGAAUGCCAUCACCAACAGCACCAUAUCUGACUCAAGAACAAAGAGCUUACUCAAAUCCUAACAUACCAACCAAGUUUUUCUAUACCGAGGAUGCAGUCCGUUAUCCAGUGCAUCCCUACUCUAGAGCUUACUUUCAGGAUGAUCGGUCCAGUCUAACCAGUCAUGGUAGUACAGUGACCAGUCAGUACGAUCCAAGGACUCGAUGGGUUCACACCCUUCCUGUCAGGUCGUAUUACGCAGACAACUUUCCCAGAGAGCCUGCACAUUCUGUAUAUGGCAGGCCUUACUCCACAAGUGAGGCAAGUUCAUACUUUUCUCAAACUCCACUGUCUAGAUCUUACUAUGGUGAGGACAACCGCUUCAAUCCGUAUCAUAUGAAUAACUCAAGGUUUGUUUACUCCAAACCAUUUAGCUCUCCUAUGGAGCAGUACUUUCCAUCAAGGCCAUACCAUACAGAGGGUCGUCGACGCCCUCGAAUGUCUCAGGCCUUUUCAGAUGACUGGUAUCGCUCAAGCAUAUCUGGUUACUCUAAUCAGUCCUCUCAGCACACGCCACCAAGAGUAAGACAAGACUCCAGCAUACCCCCGUGGUUUCCCAAUAGCUGUACAGAGACAAGUCGCCUUGGAGCAGAAAUCAAAAACCAUUCAAAGUCUUGGGACAAUAUUCUCUAUCCACGUCAUGACAGAGACCAGUCAGUGCCACGUGGACGAAGUUAUGAAAAUUUGUUUUACCAAGCAAGGAACGGCACAUCCUCUGAUGUUACAUCUCAACCUGUCAUUCUUAACCUAUCAAGUUCACCGAGACGCUACGCUGCCCUGUCACUGUCUGAAAACUCUCUAGAGAGGGGUUCAAGCAAUCCGUGGAAGAAUAGCAAGAGUGGACAUUGGUUUGUAACUCCAGAGAUCACCAUAACUGACAAUGACCUAUGUGCAGGCAACAGCCGGCGACGUGAUGUCCACUCUGUUAGCUGGGAUACACUGGAUGAUGAAAAAGCACCAUCUCCCAGAGAAGCUCAUCCGAAGCAGCCAUCUAAUGCAACAGACAUUACCAAAGAUAGGAAACAUAACAACUUCUCCCUGCAGCAGAGCCUAGAGCAGCUGGAUGAACUCUUAGCUGAUUUGGUCGUUGACUACAAGCCACCAACUAGCAGAAAGUCCAGUGAAGACCUUUUAGACCAGCUAAAACAGCUAAUCACUGAAGAUGAUGAGAAAGACAGGGGUUUGUCCGGGCACGAGAACUUAGGAUGUCUGAACACACAGCUCCCCUCCUCCAAAUCCAGCCCCGACACCAUCAAAGACCCCGAUAGUGGGUGUGAUGCUUUACAAAGAAGUGCAGAAGAGUGCUCUCCAGACCACAGCACUGAUGAAGAUGACACUAUGGUGUGUGCUAAUAAGAAAUGCAGCCGGAUUGAGAAUAUGUUCAACGCCUGCCUGUAUUUCAAGUCUUGUCACAGUUGCUACACCUUCUACUGCUCACGAAAUUGUCGCCGGGACGACUGGGAGAUCCACAAAGAGACGUGCCUGUAUGGUCGUGUCAGCAGUGUGUGUCGACACACUCUUAAGUUCUGCAGAGAGAAUACAGAGAUCCACAAAGCCUUCUCACGAGUUGCUAAAGCUGGCUAUCUCUCCAGAGGCAGAGGCGUCCUCUUUCUGGGUUUUGCUAAUCCAGAGACAGCUGACAACUUCCUGCAAGUUGGGCUUGAGAGCCUCCUCAUGUCUCCCACAUACUUAUCUCUCAGAGAGCUGGAUGGCUUCAAGGACAACCUAGGAGAGUACUGCAAGGAACUGCAGCAAGCAGGUCAUGAGUAUGACCCCAAUGAAUGUUUCCUUUUGAAUGUAUCCAUCGCUGUUGGUGAACUAGUGCCUAACAGACCUUCGCCAAGGGUCCAAACACCAACAGUUCGAAAAUAUGCAAAGGUGUCCUUAGCCUCCUCAAGCCCUGACAAAAAGGUACUCAAGAAGGAUAGCGAAAUGGAAACGCUCAUCCUCACUCCCCCUCCGGGCACACCAGACAUUGACAAGGAGGGGGAGGAGGGAAGAAAAGCUCGAGAGGUCUGCUUUGUCAAUAUCCAGCGCGAGCUCAGGACCAGAGGAGUUUUCCUUCGCCAUGAGUACCCCAAAAUCUAUAAUCAGCUGUGUGAGUUUGUGGAAAGCAACAAAAGGUUUACUCCUACUACUAUAUACCCAAUAGAUAAGAGAACAGGGAAACAGUUUAUGUGCAUGAUCAUGGCAGCAUCCGAGCCAAGAACAUUAGACUGGGUGGGCACCCCCCAUCUCUUGGAUGAUAUCAUAUAGCAUAGCACUAAUUAGUAACGAUAAUGAUGUCAGCUAAAUGUAUAUACUGGAAAUAAAUUGUGUGAUUUAGCAAACUAAAUAUUGAUUUGGAAAUAGAUGUAUAUACAGUAUGUGACCAGCCGCUCUCUCUCUCUCUCUCUCUCUCUCUCUCUCUCUCUCUCUCUCUCUCUAUCAUCUAUCUAUCUCUCACUUCUGUCUGUUGCCACAGAUACACAAAACUCACACGCAUAAACACACACACUUGUGACAUGUUGUUUUUGGCUUGUUUUGAUCCCGUUGCCCACAGAACAGUUAAACAGUUAAUAGCCUGCAUGUAGACUAGGCAAGCUCUCCAGUUAUCCAGGUGUUUAAGAUGUGAACAUGUAUGAUUGUGCAGUCUCUGCAGACAAUUUAUGAAGCACACAGUAUUUAUUAAGUGCACAUUUCAUUGCCUACACAUAAUAGUGUGCAAAGCCAGGUUUCAUAUUGUAACAGUCAUCCACUAUUAAUUUCUCCAACAAAUGCUAAAUCAUAUAUUUAUAUCUUGUUACAGUGGUUGUAAGAUUACAACUGUUGUUUAUUAGUAUUUAAGUAUUAUUUCCUUGAUAUGCUGUAGAUGUGUGGGUUUUUUUUUUUUUUUUAAAUUAUAUUAGUCAUUGUUUCAUAGAUAAAGGAGUACAAUCAGACCGCCGGUUGUUUUCCCACUUCAUUCACGAUUUAGUUGGAACUUAUUUCAUCUUGUGAAAAGACUUGAUGUCAUUCUUGUAUAAAUUGCUUUGUUUGAAAGUGGCCUUCAGUCGAAAACAAAAAAAAAUGCAUUUGACACAAAGCAAUGUAUAGGGUUAGCUAUUUCUAAAGGGUUUAGAGCUAUAGAAUUAGGUUGUUUAAACUACCAGUGUAAAUGAAUAAUUAUUUUGCUCAAAGCAUGUUAUUUAUAUUUAAGGUAUUUUAAUAUUGAUAUUGCUUAUGAUUAAAUUUAUUAUGUUAACAAGAUACCAUUUGAUGCAUAGAAAUGUAAGAGGUAUAUAUAUUGAAUAUUAGAUCAUUUGAACAUCAUGAACUUGAGACCGUAUUGUAACUAAUACCACAGUAUGUUCCUAAUUAAAUCAUAUGCAAUAAAAGAGCAACCUUAACAUCUAUAUUGUAAAAUCCUAUUUUAUUAUAAACACUUAAUAAUUCCUUUGAGCCAAGAGCUGCAAAGACUAUUUGCACUUACACAAAUUACGAGAUAAGAAUGUUCCUAACAGCGCUGCAGCACUGACCCCAGAUGAUAAGCCUGCUUCCAAUGCCAUUGUUGACUAAUCUAAGGUUGCCCUUUUACUUGAUUAUAUCUUUGUGCAAGACCUUCCUCAAGUUUCUAUUUUGUGAUGUUUAUAACACACGUAUAUAUAAAUAUAUAUAUGAAUCUAUAAUAAAUGGAAGUAAAUGAGUGACCUCAUGGCUUUGAAUUUUUCUUCAUGGGCUACUUUAUAUAAAGGCACAAGAUUAAAUAAAUACAGUUCUCGUCA